AUGCCGCAGGAGGAGCUUAGCAAUGAAGAAAAAUUGUGUGCCGACAAGUUCGCGAGUGAGACGAGAAGUCUUAUGUUUUUACAUGGAAAUGGUGUGCUAACUGAAGGAUUGAAGGAAAACUUCAGAGUUUUCCAUGAUUUUUCAGUACGUUCUGGCGUUCCGAUGGGAAGCGUUCUCAUUACGAACAGAGAUCAAUGUCGCAAAUGCACACGGGUAUUACAAGUGGACGACAAGACACAUGUGAUUGUUAUUUACCACAUUUACUUCGGAAGCUAUUUGGGCUCUAGAAUCACAAAGUGGUGUCGUAAAUGCAAAAUUUAUGAACACUAUGGCUAUUGGACGGAGGGUGGAAAUCGCUAUUUCAAUGAAGAUUGCUUGGAGCAAGAUUUUUUAUUGACAUCGGAAGAGACUGCUUAUCACAUUCCAUUGUUGGAAGAGUGUGAAAGCUUACUUGUUGUUGGAGCAGUGCCGUUUUCGACAUUUGCCUCUUCAUAUAAUCGACGAUUUAAAUAUGCCAAUUUGGAAAGUUCGUCACGAACCUUGAAAGUAAAACGUAUGAAACGGUGA